AUGGCAACCGUGCGCGCUGUGGCGCGCGCCAUCAUUAGUAGGAAUGAGGGCGACGCGUGGGGUGCUCGCACGCUGCUCUGGUGCCAGGACGGCCCUGCCGCCGACCAAGUGCGCGCCUGCCUACACCGGCCGGCGCUCACGAUCAGCGGAGACGGAAAGACCGCGCAUUAUGAGUGCGCCGGUUGUGCCCGAGAGCACCCCAAACGCAGCAGGCCCGCCGUGCUGUGCGCCGCCGACCCUGCAAAAAGCUACGCGCCGUCGGAGGCCUUCGUGCUCUGCGACUGCGGAUCCGCCCGCCUGCCCUGCAGCGCGAUGCGAGAGAUCGGCCUGCUCGCCGCGCACCCCUCCGUCCGCGGUCACCGCUGGUUCUGCCGCCUAUGCAACCGCAUGGUGGCAGCAGGGGCUGCGGAGCACGACUGCACCGCGGCGUGCGUGUCCCGUUUCCUUAUGGACGGCACGGCGCUGGCGGGCCCAGCGGCGGACGCAGACACGGCCAACCUUCUGAAACAGCCCGGGCUGGGGCUGACCCUGCGUGAGCUGGCCUGCCUGGCGCAAAUCGAUGCGAGGGGGCGGCCGGCGCUCUACAUGUCUGAGUUUGUGGCCAUGCCCAGCCCGCUGCUCAACCCGGUGCGUGCCGAGGCCGCCGGGCGGCUUGAGAAGCUGCAGGCGGUGGUGGAGGGUGAGGGCGCCUGGCUGGCACGCUGCGGGCGCGGCGCGGUGCGAUUGGCGCCAAUUCUGUGCACAAGCGGCGGCGUGCUGCCCUACACGGGCCAGCUGCGCGGCGCAACCUGCAGCGGCCCGGGCAGCAGUGGCAGGGCCAAGGUGGCAAACGGUGGUGGGGUCGGAAACGGCGGCAGCGGCAGCGGCAGCAACAGCAGCGAUUGGGGUGGCGGGGGCGGCAGCGGCCCCUUGACAAGGGCAGCAGCCCGGCUGGGCGGGCGUGGCAAGCCGCCGCGCCGCAGCGGCUUCAAGCGCAAGGCGACUCGGACGCCGGAUAUAGCCGACUGCGACCUGGAUGCGGAAUGGGCGAUCCGGCCCGCGCUUGGCGGCGGCGUUGGCGUCGUCGCCAAUCAGGGCCACAACACCCGCGCGAAUCUGGUGUUUGCAGUGCUGUACAGCUCAGCGCGCGACGACCGCCCUCCGGCUGCCUGGCUGCUCGUGCUGCGCCCAAUUCGGCGCGGCGAGGAGCUGCUGUGGGACUACGACGGGCGCGCCCCCAGGCACGAGUUGGAGGAGGAGUGCGCCUGCGGCGGCGUGACCGUGGUGCAGGGGCGGCGGCGGGUGGCGGUGCGGCACUACUCCGAUCGCUGCGAGGGCUGCGGGCAGCUGUGCCUCGUGGCGGGGCCGCCGCACCGUGGUUUUUGCUGCUGCACCAUGACGCGCACGUGA